GAGAGGGUUCCCGUAAUUUGUGCCGUUAAUUAACUAAAAUUUUGCAAACCUUGCAAACUUUGUUUUAUAAUUGAUAUAUUUUGAAUUAUUUUUAUAACACAAUAAUAGAAUACUCAUUUUUAAGUGGCGAAAUAUUAAAUUUUGCGAGUUUAUAACCUAUUUUUGUGGGUUAUCGUAAUUGGUGUAAUUUGUGAAGAGGAAUUAUUCAGUUCUUUAUUAAUGCGUGCAUUGUUUAUAUUAAUCUAAAGUUCAUGGUUUGCUACGCGUCGUGUGUGUGAUUGGUUACGAUAGUGGCGGGUUAAUAUGUGAAAUAUUGAAAAAAAUGUAUUUCGUUGUGUUUAGUUCAGAUACGGUGUGUAUUUGUGGUGUUAUUUGGAUGCUCCCGUAGGAUUGCGAUGUCCAGGCUCGUGGACUACUUCGUUAUAGUGGGCUUCGACCACGAGAAAGAAAGAGGCGGACUGAGCAACGGCGUAAUACUUCAAAGAUUCCCAGAAAUCAACUGGGAGGACACACCCUUUCACGACGGUAUAGAAUGGUUUUGCCAACCGCAAGGAUGGGCGCUGUCCACGGAGCGCUCGGAGCCGCGCUUCUAUGUGUCCGUGCUGACGGACGUGGACGCAAACCGGCACUAUUGCGCCUGCCUUUGCUUCAACGAGACCGUCGCCAUCACGCCCACAAAGCCCGCAGACGAGGACGAAGAGUCUCUGGACGGCAGCCGGCCAGUGGCGAACAUUACCCACCACAGCAUCAUGUACGCGCCCAAAUGUCUCGUCAUCGUUUCCAGACAAGACUACAUCGAUACAUUCCGGAACUGCCUCGGCAUAAUCUACACGGUGUGGGUUGAGAACCUCGGCGUGCCGCUGGAGACGCUAGUGGGCAACCUGCUGGGCUGCGUACUGGUGCCGCCGGCGGGCGGGCCGCAGGUGCGGUUCAGCAUCGGAGCGGGGGACCGCCAGGCGCUGCAGCCGCCGGCAGCGCCGCCCAUGCCCGUGACCCACACCGCCGUGCACAUGCUGUUGAGGCUGUUGGGUAUACACAAUUCGGUGACGCUGUGGUGUGCGGUGAUGAGCGAGCACAAGGUCCUACUGCUGUCGCUGGCAGCCGCGCGACUGUCUGCCGCGUGCCGAGCCCUCGCCGCGCUCAUGUUCCCCUUCAGAUACGCGCACGUGUACAUACCACUACUGCCGGCGGGCUUGGCUGAGGUGUUGGCCACUCCGACGCCCUUUCUCAUCGGCGUACAUUCCAGCUUGAAAGAGGAGGUCUCAGAAUUGCUAGAUGUCAUAGUAGCAGACUUAGACGUCGGCUCGCUCCACAUACCGGCAGGAGUGAACAUUCCCCAACCGGAAGGAAAGCUCCUGUCUUCCCUCCAAGAGGCCCUGGCGUUGGUGCUGCAACCUGAACUCAAGUCCGCGGACUCUGCCUUCGCACCGCCCGCGCCCUCCUCAUCACCCCCUCAUAUGCUCGAUAAGGAAAUCCGGGCGGUUUUUAUGAGGACUUUAGCGAAACUUUUACAGGGUUACAGGCAUUGUUUAACAAUAAUCCGGAUACACCCCGCGCCGGUGCUCACAUUCCACAAGGCCGGGUUCCUCGGCGCGAGGGGGCUGUCGCAGUGUCCCUUCGCGGUGCGGCUGCUGGAAUCCAUGUUCUUCAACGGCCUGGUGGCGGAGCGGGGCCCACCGUGGCGACCGACUGACAUAUGGGAUGAAUUAGUACAAAACCUGCCCGAACAACAGAGGCUGGAGUCACUGAACCCUGAGUUGGAACUCCAGCACCUACAGGAGCUGGCCAUGCAGUUACAUCUUAAUGAAAACCCUAAUCCACAGGGGGUGUCUGCGCAGGCGUACUCUCAGCGAGUUCUGCGGCCGCCGGAGGGUGCUUCGGCCCGCAUCCACCAGCCCCCCCUCCCCCACCUGGACACCGCACGCGUCCAUGACGUCAUCGAGGAGGUCACCGCCAGGAACGCUAACAACCCCAAAUUGUCAGCGAUACGGCUACCGGCGCCUCGGAUCAUUCCACCGGGCGCGUCUCCCACGGGCGCGGUCGAACACACGCAGCUGUUGCUCACUAACUCUGCCAGGCGACUUGAAGUGCUCCGGUCGUGUAUCGCCGCGAUAUUCGAGUGCCGGUACGCGGACGCGCGCAAGUCGUUCCCGGGGGUCCUGCGCGCACUGCGGGCGCCGUCCGCGCGGAGCGCACUCGUGCGGGACCUGGCCGCGCGGCUGCCCACCAACAAACACCUUCUACAGCACCACCAGUUCGAGCUCGUCGUCAGGUUACUGAACUGUGCCCUGCAAUCGGCCAGCGCUUUGGACGAGCAUUCAAUAGCCGCAGCCAUCCUUCCACUGGCCACGGCUUACUGUCGCAAGCUGUGCACUGGAGUCAUCCAGUACGCCUUCAUGUGUAUACAGGAACACCAAGUUUGGACAUCGCAGCAGUUCUGGGAAGCGGCUUUCUACCAGGACGUGCAGCGAGAUAUUAAAGCGCUAUACAUCCCCAGUCCGGCGCACCACCAUCGAAUACCUAGCCCCAGGGAGGAUGACGAAUACAUAUCAUUACUGAAGGCUCAGGAACCGAGCGCGCUGGAAAUAGCCGCAGAGCAGAUGAGGCUAUGGCCGACGUUACCUCAAGAAAAACAACGCGAGUUAAUUGCAAGCGAAGAAUCCACAUUGUACAGCCAGGCUAUUCACUACGCGAACCGUAUGGUGUACCUGUUAUUGCCGCUAGAGGGCGCAGGUCGGAGGGCGGACGUGCGGGGUGACGACGCCGAUCGCGCCAGCAAUAGUAUUACCAACAGCGUCGCGGAAUCAGAUAGUGCGGACGCUGAAUCUGGUUUUGAAGAGGCGGAUCCCGGAGAAGCAGGCAAUAACGUUAUAAAAAUGGUGUCCAGAUUCGUCGAUAAGGUGUGUACAGAAGGCGGGGUGACUGCGGAGCACGUGCGGUGUCUACAUCAGAUGAUUCCAGGAGUUGUUCACAUGCACCUGGAGACUCUAGAUGCAGUAGCACGGGAGAGUAGACGACUGCCGCCUGUUCAGAAGCCUAGAAUAGCAUGGCCAGCGCUGGUCAGUGGCGAGGCCGGCGCUGGCACGGCGCUUCGUGCGUUGCUGCUGGCCGACGGCAGGGGCUCGGCACUUUCGCAGCUGCUACCCGCAGAGGGCGCGCUCUUCCUCACCAACUACCGGCUGCUCUUCAAGGGCGUACCCUUAGACCCUUACGCAUGCGAGGCGACGGUUGUGCGCAGUUUCCCCCUGAGUGCGUUGACACGUGAAAAGGGGGUGCGGGCUGCGCACGCGCACCUCGAGCACACUUUACACGAUGGGUUGCAGUUACGUGCUGCUACAUUCCAGCUUAUCAAGGUAGCGCUGGAUGAGGAGGUGAGCAGCGAGCAAGCGGAGGCGUUCCGGAAGGCGGUGGCGCGGCUGCGGCACCCCCCACACCCGCUGUUGCACUUCGCGCUAGCGCCCCGCGCCCCGCCGCCCGCCGACCUCGCGCAACCCAAGCACCACACCCUCAAAGGCUUCGCCAAAAAGACGUUGCUGAAGACAGCUCGGCGUGCGGGCCUCAAACCGAAACCUUCCAAGCGUCAGAAAUACGUGUUGCCUUCAGCGGACGCGAGAUCUCUGACGUCACCACCGCUCAUGUCUUCCCUAUCUGCCGACACGUUGUCACUGGAAGAAUUAGAACUUUCAGGCGCAUGCGGGCCGGGUAGCGGUGUGUCGGAAGGCAUAGACACACACUCAAGGUCAUUGGAGCGUGUUCGCGAACGUGUGUACGCUCGCGACUGGGCGCGCGUUGGACUCGCGGCGCCUCCGUUCCGACUCGCGCAUGCUAAUGCGCUCUAUACUCUAUGUCGAAGUUACCCCGCGGUUGUGGCCGUGCCAGAGAGCAUAUCAGACGAGUCGCUGAGAAGAGCGACGCGAUGCUAUAGACAAAGCAGAGUGCCGUUACUGUCUUGGCGACAUCCGCGUACCGGUGCACUGUUAGCGAGAUCAGCCGCGUCACAUCAUAAGGGCGUGAUGGGAAUGCUCAAAUCGUCCAGCCACCAGACCCCCGGGCCCGCGCAGAGCGGCACCGAAACUACAUCUAGUUUAGAACAAGAAAGGUACCUAGCAACUCUUGUGGCGCUAACACCGGCCUCACGAGGCGAGCUCGAAGAUUCCAGUCUGAGCCUGGAUUCCUUACUGCUUUGCUGCGAAGAGCAGCAGCACAACCACACACCUUUGCUGAGUAAAGCCGCUGGGACCCUCGGGGUGCUGGGUCGCGGCAGCGGGGGCAAGGGCGGCACGAGUGCAGCGCGACACUUCGGCCGCUGGGGCUCGUUGAAGGAUCGUCGCCAACCGUCGCAUCUCGAGCUCUACGUACCUCGGCAGCGACUGUCUACCGCAGAUCUUGACUCCGUAUCAGGCGACGGCGGUGGCAGUGGCAAUACAAACCGACGCGCGGCUCUGUACGUGCUGUCGGAGAAGGGCGCAAGUGUGGCGCUCGCAGGGGUCGAACCCGUACCCGUGGAGUACCCGGACGCACGGCACACCAAACACGCAUUUAAGAAGCUAUUGCGGGCGGCCGCACCAUCAGCACCGCAGAGCCCGGAUGAACCUGGUUUCUUCAGAUUAGUAGAAGAGUCCGGGUGGUUGUGGCAACUGCGACAGUUGUUCCAACUGUCCGGAGCGGUCGUCGACCUACUGGACGUACAAGGCUCUUCUGUCCUGCUCUCACUCGAAGAUGGCUGGGAUGUCACUGCACAGAUAUCAUCAUUAGCACAAAUUUGCCUGGAUCCGUAUUACCGAACGUUAGAAGGCUUCCGGAUAAUGGUGGAAAAGGAAUGGCUAGCUUUGGGCCACAAGUUUCAGCAGAGAUCUAACCUGGCCGCCACACCGCAGCAGGGUUUCACACCGACCUUUUUGAUGUUCCUCGACGCGGUGCAUCAGCUACAAAAACAGUUCCCGCUAGCGUUCGAGUUCAACGAUUACUACCUUCGGUUUGUGGCGUACCACAGUGUAUCCUGCCGCUUCCGCACAUUUCUGUUCGACAGCGAAGCUCAACGUGCGGAGCUUGGGUUGGCACCCGCCGAUGAUCGAAGAGUUGAUGCUUCCAGAUUGGGAGUGGAGACAGGUGGCUCAGGGGGCGUGGCCGGCGCGGGCGGAGAGGGGGAGGACGGCCGAACCUCACUAGGACUCUUUGAGUACAUAGAGCGGCUGCACCAACGGUCGCCGCUGUUCUACAAUCUAUUGUAUACGCCUGACCUUGACAACCCAGUCCUGCGUCCAGUAAGCGCAGUCAGCAGUCUCGAAAUAUGGGAGUACUAUGUUAGCGAAGAAAUGGCGCACGGCGUGCCCUACGAGCCGGACCUUUGGCUCGACGAGCGCACGCAGCCCACACAGCGACGACUAGUCGUGGCGGGGUACGACAGCAUAUCGCGGUGUAUGCCCGACGCGUUCACCGGCCUGCUCGAGAGGUUGCGACAGCUGGAGCUCGAGUUGGGCCACCUGCCGCAGAAGUGGAGGGUGCGAUGGGACCAGUUGGAGCUGCCCAACACAUUAGAGCUACAGCGCAACGCGUCGAUGUGCAGCGGCGUGGUACGGCGCGCGACCGCGGCGGCACACCGGCGAAGUACGCUGGAGGUGCUCGCGCGCGCGCGCAUGGCGGCCGCGCCGGCGCCGCCCGCGCCCGCGCACCGCUGGGCGCCCGCGCCCGCCGCCGCGCCCGCGCGCUGCGACCACUGCGCCGACCUGCUGUGGGGGCCGCUCGAGACGGGCGUGCGCUGUGUGGAUUGCGGCGCCGCGUGCCACGAGCGCUGCGCAGACGCACUGGCGCUGCCGUGUACGCGCUACAAGGCGCCGCCGCCCGCCGACCGCGACCGCGACCGCGCCGUGUCCUCGGGAGUAGCAACCCUGCAGUCGUCUUCCCAGCAGUAUUACGAGCAGUUCUCGUCGAACGUGGCCGAGAACCGCACCCACGAAGGGCAUCUGUACAAAAGAGGUGCCCUGCUCAAAGGGUGGAAGCAGAGGUGGUUCGUGCUCGACUCUAUAAAGCAUCAGCUUCGAUACUACGACGCGAUGGAGGAUUCCCAUUGUAAAGGUUUUAUUGAUUUGGCAGAAGUGCUGACAGUGUCCCAGGCGGCACCGGCGCCCGGACCUCCUAAGAAGUGCGACGAGAGGUCUUUCUUUGACUUACGAACGAGUAGACGGACAUACAAUUUCUGUGCGAGCGACGCCAACGCUGCGCAGGAGUGGACCGAGAAGUUGCAAGCUUGCUUACAGUGAGCCACGGACGCGACACGACGCGCGACACGACAUGUCGUGCGACACGAACGAUACCCACUAGACUUAACUGUUAUAUUAAUGAAAAUGUGUCACAAGCUUUACGUAUCAUUAUGUAUUUAUAUUUUUAUUUGUCAAAUUUAAUCGAAAGUUUAAUAUAAAUGAAUAAAAUAUGCUUUUUGUCUAAGUUAAUUUGGAUUCGAUUAAAGUAUAAACACACAAAGACCGUAGCGGAGAUUUACACAAUUCUCUUGUGAAUUGUGUAAAUACAGAAUUUUACACAAUAAAAACCGCUACGGAUUAUGUGGGCUUAGGGCUGACAUGUCACAAUAUAAUUAAAAAUUAAUAUUUAAAUACCGGUUGAUAAAUAUCAUGACAUAUCAGAUAGAGGACAAAUUGGGAAAAAUAUGCCAAAAAAAUUUAAAGGGUACAUUAGUUAGAUAUACUUAAAUUGAAUAUCGAGGAAAUUAAAAAAAAAACUAUAAUAGUUAAAGCAUACUUGAUACACGCCACGCAACCGUUAAAAAAUCAUGGCGACAAUCACACUAUAAAUGACGUCGUUUUUCGUUUGUUAACCUGAUUAGAUUCCGUAAUAUUAAUUGAGAUACGGGUGGAAGCUAUGACAAAGAUGGAGUCUGCACUAAAAAUAUCGGGGAAAAUGUUCCUAAGGGGCUCCUUUGACCAUUAGACAUUUGCUUAGCAUGACCUUGGUCACAACAAAAUGCUUGGAAUUAGAAUAAUCCGUGGUUAAGGCUGGAAACCAUGUUCAGGUGAUGUAAACAACCGGGCCUUCAUCUAAGCGAAGCUGUCUGUCUUGAUAUUGUAGCUACUAAUGUACAACCCUUCUCUUACUUACAAUGAUUUAUUGAUAAUAAUAUUGUUGUAAACGAAUUUCUGAACUAAAAAUUUACUAUACUCUUCCACGGGGAACAUGAAAAAGGAAGCCGCUACUUCAUAGAAUUAGUAUCAUUACCGGUUGUUAUCCUUCUCAUUAACGACUUAGGAGA